CAACAGUAUCAGAAAAGCUCUAAAGCCAAUAGUCCCAGCUGCUGUACCACAGUCGCAUCUUAGCGCUGUAAGUGUUAACAUCAUCCUGUGAGUGCUGUCUUUGAACUUUUAUCACGUUUUUACGCACUCCCACGCGAACGUCUUCAGAGGUUCAUUUGUGAGGACAUGAAGUGUAGUGUUUGAUGACUGACAGUCGGAUUAGUGCUUAUUUGCUAUAACAUGCUACUUCGAAAAUCCGAAAUUGGAAUAAUCAACUGUGUUUUAUUCUUGUGGACACUUUCAGUAAAUAAUGCCGACUCUAAUAGGCAUAGCAGGAAUCACCAGUCUGAUUCGGAAAAUGCCCCUCAACCCUUGACACCAGGGGGACCCAACAUAUGCAGAUCCAGAUACAGCACCUACUGCUGUCCAGGCUGGACGACGCACAACACUUUGGGACUUUGCAUAAUCCCCGUUUGUUCCAGAUCAUGCGGAGCGGGAAGGUGCAUCCAGCCAAAUAUGUGUCUGUGCGAAAACGGACACAAAGGCACAACCUGCAGCGCAGGCUUAGGCCGACAAACCUCCGAUGGAGGGAAACCUUGCCGAGCUUUUUGCAUGAACGGGGGCACUUGCACUGACGGAAGAUGCGUCUGUGCCCCCGGAUAUUCGGGAGAAUUCUGCACAGAACCCAUUUGUUUGGAGCCUUGCAAGAACGGGGGAAGAUGCAUUGGACCGGACCGGUGUGCUUGCAUUUACGGUUUCACAGGAAAUCACUGUGAAACAGAUUACAGGACGGGUCCUUGCUACACUGGCGCUCGGGGGGCUUUGUGUGUUAACCAACUCGAAGGAGUUGUUUGUACGAAGACUCUGUGUUGUGCUACUGUUGGUAAAGCUUGGGGACACCCUUGCGAACACUGUCCGUCGCGGCUCGAGUGCGAAAUCGGGUUCCUCAAGAACCAAAAAACGGGAGAGUGUGUUGAUAUUAACGAAUGCGAAGCAAUUCCGCAUUUGUGCACAGGAGGUCACUGUGUCAAUUCUGUGGGUUCGUUCACAUGCGAGUGUCCUGAAGGACAGUCAAGGAACCCUAGCACAAAUAAAUGUGACGAUAGGAAUGAAUGCGAGGACGAAAAUAUUUGCCUGGACGGCCGAUGUGUUAACACGGACGGUUCCUACUUUUGUUUGUGUAAUCCUGGAUUUAUCCAAAGCCAGGAUAAGAAAUUUUGUAUUGAUGGUAGACAAGGGUUGUGUUACACGAAUCGAUCGCCUCAAGGCUACUGUCGAAAUAGUUUACCCAUGCGACUAUCAAAAAAAGAUUGUUGUUGUGGUGUCAACAUGGGUGAAGGCUGGGGUGACGAUUGCUCGCGAUGUCCCAAAUACGGAGAAGAGGAUCAUCGGAAACUUUGUGCUGGGCCAGCCCAUCCGGGUAAAGGCCCAGAACCCGUUUCGCCCAUCAAGGAAAAAGGGACGGGUCCUGGUGCCAAAAAACCCAUAAUUGAGAUGAUCCCCAUAAAUGAGUGUAUUUUAAGACCCAAUAUUUGCGGGGAGGGACAAUGUGUUGACACUCCUGAGGGAUACGAGUGUCACUGCAAGCCGGGAUAUCGGAAUAAAGGGCAUAUGCAAGUGUGUGAAGAUAUUGACGAGUGUAGGGAGGGGAAGUGUCAGAAUGGGAGGUGCACCAACACUCCUGGGAGUUUCACCUGUGUUUGCCCCCCAGGUUUUGAUGUUUCUCCCGAUGGGAGGAUUUGUACGGACCAUGAUGAGUGUGCAGAAAUUGGGAUGUGUACCAAUGGUAUUUGUAUUAACAUGGAUGGUAGUUUCAAGUGUCAGUGUAAAAGUGGGUUUAAAUUGUCACCAACUGGGUUUGCGUGUAUCGACAUCGACGAAUGUUACGAAAACCCCCGAAUUUGCCUCAACGGCCGUUGCAACAACAUCCCCGGCUCAUACACUUGCACUUGCUUGCCCGGCUUUGUUGAAUCAAGCGACAAGACUUUUUGUAGCGACUUAGACGAGUGUGCUAACACAGGAAUGUGCGACCAUGGCCGUUGUGUCAACAUGGAAGGUUCCUUCCAUUGCGUCUGUGACUCAGGGUACCGUCUAGGUCCCGAUGGCAAACACUGUAUCGACAUUGACGAAUGUAUAACAAGUCCUUGUCAAUUUGGAACAUGCUAUAACACUCCCGGAAGUUUCCGGUGUGAGUGCCAUCCCGGAUUUAGUCUAGGGCCCGAUGGCCGCUCCUGUCUUGACACUCGACGUGACUUGUGCUACCAGGAGUACAGAGACGGGUUGUGUUUCAACCCAUCGACCACAGCAGUGACACGAUCGAGUUGUUGCUGUUGUACCAUUAUUUCGGGCAAACCUAUGGGUUGGGGGACGAAUUGUCAACCCUGUCCCAUGCCUGGUACUACUGAUUUUGACCAGCUGUGCCCUCACGGGAUCGGAUCGACUUUUGAUGGUAAUGAUAUUAACGAAUGUGCCCAGAACCCGAAUAUUUGCCAGAAUGGAGCUUGCGAAAAUUUGAUCGGAACGUAUAGGUGUAUUUGUAACCCGGGAUUUGAAGUUGACGAAACGGGGAAGAUUUGUACCGAUAUUAAUGAAUGUGAAGUCGAACAACUGGUAUGCAGCGGUGGGCAAUGUCGCAACACCCCUGGCAGUUUCCAGUGCAUAUGCCCCACCGGUACUCAACUGAACCCCAGCACCUACGUCUGUGAAGACGUUGACGAAUGUCGUGAUUUAGGCCCUGAGGCAUGUUUCAACGGUGAAUGUGUUAACACAGUCGGGUCUUACAAAUGCGAAUGCGACCCUGGUUCAAUCCUGGACAACACUGGACGCAUCUGCAUCGACAACCGCAAAGGUUCGUGUUGGACCAAACUCAAUCACGGCCGUUGCGAAAACAAUCUCCCUCAAUUAAGCCGCCGUUCUGAAUGUUGCUGCUCGAUUGGAGUCGCUUGGGGUUCCCCUUGCGAGCGCUGCAAUCGGAACGAAUGCGACUGCCCUAAAGGCUAUGCCAAAGUCGAUGGGAAAACAUGCACAGACAUCAACGAGUGUGAUCUACACCCUGAUAUUUGUCGCGGCGGAACGUGUGUUAACACUGACGGAAGUUUCACUUGCACUUGUCCGCCAGGCCUCACACUUGACGAAACGCGAACGUAUUGUCUGGAUGUGAGGCAGGAACAGUGUUUCACAAGGUACAAACAUGGGAAAUGUACUAAUGCGAUCGAGGGGCUUUUCCACAAGAACUUGUGUUGUUGUUCUUCCAUUGGGAGAGGUUGGGGAGAGAAGUGUGAACCUUGCCCAAGGCCCGGGACGCAAGCUUUUCUUGAGUUGUGUCCCAAAGGUCAGGGUUUUAUCGAACGGAAGGAUAUCAACGAGUGUACGGAGUUUCCAGGGAUGUGCCAGAAUGGACGGUGCAAAAACACAGUCGGGGGGUAUAGUUGUAGGUGUAAUAAAGGGUACGACUAUGAUGACAACCGGAUUAAAUGUGUGGAUAUCGACGAAUGUAGCAUUACCACGAGCAAUGUUUGUGGUAACGGAGUUUGUAAAAACAUUCCUGGUGAUUUCAUCUGCGAGUGUAAUGACGGGUUCAGGACUAUGGCCCCUAUGCAAGUGUGCAUGGAUAUUAACGAGUGUGAGGAGAUUCCGGGGCUUUGUCGCGGGGGACAUUGCCUUAACACCGAAGGGUCGUACAAGUGUGAAUGUCCCCCAGGUCACGAGUUAGCCCCCGAUAGACAAUCUUGCAAGGAUAUAGACGAGUGUUCGAGGACUAGUGGUAUUUGUUCGAAUGGUGUUUGUGAGAAUAUGAUGGGUACGUACCAGUGCGUUUGUAAUGAAGGGUACCAACAAACCGGGCUGAAAUCACACUGUGAGGACAUCAAUGAGUGUGAUGAUGAACCUUGCGAUGAUAUUUGUAUAAAUACUCCUGGGAGUUUCACGUGUUCGUGUGGAUCGGGUUACUCGUUGAUGUUGGAUGGUAAAACUUGUACAGAUAUUGACGAGUGUAAGGAAAACCCACGGAUUUGUAAUGGUGGUAAAUGUACGAACACAAUUGGGAGUUAUAUUUGUCAUUGCACUGCUGGUUUGCUUCCGGGAACUGGUGGAACGUCUUGUAUAGAUAUUAACGAGUGUAAACAAAAUCCGAAUAUUUGCGGCAACGGCGAGUGUGUGAACACUCUUGGUUCAUUCCAAUGUCGAUGCGAGGACGGUUAUUCUGUAAAACCUGACGGAGGUCCUUCUUGCACUGACGACGACGAGUGUUAUCUCGGAUCAUUUAACUGCGACAUAAACGCCGACUGCAUUAACAAUCCUGGAUCGUAUCAAUGCAGAUGUCAGGACGGUUUUACGGGGAACGGCAUAAGCUGCAGAGACAUCAACGAAUGUUUAACAAACAAUGGCGGAUGUGACCAAAAUGCCCGAUGUAUAAACACUGACGGGUCUUUCCGAUGCGAAUGCGAUGCCGGUUUUAAAGGCGACGGCUAUAGUUGUGUUGAUAUCGAUGAAUGUUUGAACGAUCCCAACCUUUGUGAAAACGGCCAGUGUCUUAACUAUCCCGGAUCGUUCCGGUGCGAAUGCGAGAUGGGAUUUAUGCACCCUGACGAAGGGAACGAUCAAUCAUGUGUUGACAUAAAUGAAUGCAACAUGUUCACCAAUUUGUGUGUUUUUGGCAAAUGCGAGAACACCUUCGGGAUGUUCCGAUGCGAUUGCAAUGACGGAUAUAAACUGGAUGGGUCAGGGGGAAAUUGCACGGAUAUUGACGAGUGUGAAAGCCCCCAGUCAUGUCUCUAUGGAAAAUGCACGAAUUUGGAAGGCGGCUAUCGGUGUAUUUGCCCCCCAAAUUAUGAACUCAUCGCCGAAGGGAACGCUUGCAUCGAUCGUCGAACUUCUCGUUGUUACCUCCACCUUGACCGCCAAGGCCGGUGUGAGGCCCCAACUGCUGACUAUGUCACAAAAGCCACUUGUUGUUGCUCUGUGGGGAAGGCCUGGGGGCCCCACUGUGAACACUGUCCUCCCCUUGAUAGUCUCCAGUACCAAGAACUUUGUCCUGGAGGAAUGGGUUACAAACCGAACGAUCUAACCGUUGUCUUAGAAGACAUUAACGAAUGCGAAGAACACGAAAACAUUUGUAAAAACGGCCACUGUACUAACACUUUUGGCAGCUUCAUGUGUUCGUGCAACGAAGGUUUCCGGUUGGACGAUACAGGUUUUUUGUGUGUCGAUAUCGACGAAUGUGCGGAAAAUCCGGCGAUUUGUCGGAUUGGACAGUGUGUUAACGAGCCAGGAAAGUACUAUUGUCAAUGUCCGGAAGGGUACAUGCCCUUGCCUGGGAGAAGGGAGUGCGUUGAUAUGAGGAAAGAUCUUUGCUUUCUGAACUAUAGUAGAUGGAGGUGUUCGACUCCAAUGACACAAAACCAAACACGGAAAGUUUGUUGUUGUUCAAUGGGACAGGCUUGGGGGCAGCCCUGCGAACCCUGUCCAUUGCCAGGCACCAAUGAACACUUUGAACUAUGCGGUCGCCACCCAGGCCAAAUCGUCAACCCCAUGACAAACGAAACGAUCGAAAUAAACGAAUGCGAGUUAAUGCCCUCAAUGUGCAAACACGGCGAAUGCAUGAACACACCUGGCAGUUUCGAAUGCCAGUGCAACCGCGGCUAUGUCUACGACAUAAAUUCACACCAAUGCAUAGACGAUAACGAAUGUCUGAGGAACCCUUGUGAAGGCAAUGCGCAAUGUAUAAACCUCCCCGGGAGUUUUGAAUGCAAAUGUCCCGAAGGCUACAAACACGGGUCCACAUUUAUGGACUGCGUGGACAUUAACGAAUGUAUCGAAAAGCCCAACAUUUGCCAGAACGGAGAUUGUAAAAAUUUGCAAGGGAGCUUCCAGUGUAUUUGCCAUCCGGGCUAUUUGCUGACAACGUCUCGGGAUAGCUGUGUGGACAUCAACGAGUGUCUUAGACACCCUAAUAUUUGUAAUAAUGGCUCUUGCUUGAAUAUGGUGGGUCAGUACAAGUGCCACUGCAAUCCUGGGUUCAAGCUGAGUGCGAAUAACGACUGUGUGGACAUUGACGAGUGCCACAUGAUGCCGUUUCUGUGCCGCAACGGAAGGUGUCGGAACACCGUUGGUUCCUUCACGUGUGAGUGUGCCACUGGUUACACUUUAUCGUCCGAUGGUCACAACUGUCGUGACAUUGACGAAUGCCAAGAGGUUCCCGGGACUUGUCGUCCUCCUGGUAAAUGUACCAACGUCAUGGGUUCCUUCGUCUGCAGCUGUCCCAAUGGUUACGAACUGAGCCCAGUCACAAACCUCUGCGAAGACAUUGACGAAUGUUUUGUCAACCCAGGAAUUUGUGAAAACGGUGUUUGUACAAACACAGACGGUGGUGCGUUUUGUACAUGUCCAGAUGGGUACAUCCUUGACCACAACACCAUGAAAUGUAUCGAUGUUAGGCAAGAACAAUGCUACGAUUCAUUCAAUCGUGGGCAAUGUGCCGAACCUCGAGGAAUGCAAAUCACCGAAAAAGAGUGUUGUUGUUCCAAAGGAGCAGCUUGGGGACGUAACUGUGACCGUUGUCCUCCGGAAGGUUCGCCCCAAUUUAGCAAACUGUGUCCUGAAGGACCUGGUCGUAUGGACACAGGGAGCGAUUUAAAUGAAUGCGAGUUGAUGCCGAAUAUUUGCGAAGGAGGAGAGUGUGUUAACACUGAUGGGUCUUUCCGGUGCGAUUGUCCCAUGGGGUAUGUUUUGGAUUCGUCGGGUCGGAAGUGUAUCGAUGAGAAUGAGUGUGUAACGAAUCCGAAUAUUUGCGGCAAUGGGACGUGUACCAAUGUGGUUGGGGGGUUUGAGUGUAGCUGUGGGGAAGGUUUUGCACCGGGGCCGCUUCAAGUGUGUGAGGACGUCAAUGAGUGUCACGAAAUGGGGAAUCAAUGCGCGUUUAGGUGUCACAACGUGCCUGGGUCUUUUAGAUGCAUUUGCCCAUAUGGGUAUGCCCUUGCACCUGAUGGACGGCAUUGUCAAGAUGUCGACGAGUGUUUAACCCCGGCCAACAAUUGCAAAUUCCAGUGCAAAAAUUUAAUUGGUUCUUUCAUGUGCAUUUGCCCUGAAGGCUACACACAAGUUGGCCUAACAGAUGAUUGUCAGGACAUCAACGAAUGUGCUAUUAAUCCCGGCCUGUGCCAAAAUGGCAAUUGCGUGAACCUUCAAGGUUCUUAUAGGUGUGACUGUUACGAAGGUUAUGAACCAACGCACGACCGUAAACGAUGCAUUGAUCGGAGACAAGGAAUUUGCUUCAGGAAACUGAUCCACGGCCGUUGCACUACUCACAACCGCGAACUCAAACACGUGACUAAAGCUGACUGUUGUUGUUCGAUGGGUGAGGCCUGGGGGCCUCAUUGUGAGCUUUGCCCGUCAAAGUACUCCCCACAGUAUCAAGAGUUGUGCCUCGAUAGUGGCUUCACAGUUGAUGGCAGAGAUGUCAACGAGUGUGAGACAAUCCCCGACUUGUGCCGCAACGGCCAAUGCAUCAACACGAUGGGUUCCUACCGUUGUAUUUGCAACAAAGGCUUCAAAGCUGACGCUUCUGGCCUGUUUUGUGUCGAUGUAAACGAAUGCGAACACUCACCAUCGCCUUGCCAGCACAUUUGUCGCAACACUGAAGGCAGUUUCGUGUGUUCUUGCCCUCCUGGCUAUUUACUAAACGCGGAUGGUUUAACUUGUCGCGACUUGGACGAAUGUGCAACUGGCCAACACGUCUGCCAACACACUUGCAUCAACACGCAAGGGAGCUACUCCUGCUCUUGCCCGAAAGGCUACAACCAAAUCGGUGACGACUGUGAAGACAUCAACGAGUGUAAAGAAGACACCGGGAUUUGCCCCAAACCCGGUCGCUGUGUCAACACUUUGGGGAGUUUCAAAUGCAUCUGCCCUCGCAGAUUCAAGUUGGACAAGUCUGGGAGUUACUGUAUAGAUUCGGACGAGUGUUUGGACGACAGUAAAUGUCCGGAAGGCUGUCAGAAUUUGAUAGGGGGGUACAGAUGCGGGUGUCCUGAAGGCUACGUCUUGCAUUAUUAUUACAACCAGUGUGUUGACGAUAACGAGUGUGCGAGCAAUCCUUGCGGGGCAAGCGGGAGUUGUUUCAAUACACCGGGAAGUUACAGAUGCGGAUGUCCUGACGGGUACCAGUUCGAUGCCAAGUUGAGCAUUUGCAUCCAGGUGAGUGCAGGGUGUAGUGGAGCCCCUUGUGCGUUCGGGUGCACGUCGGUGGGCUCGGCGGGAUUCUCCUGCGGGUGUCCUCAAGGGUAUCAGAGGAUAGGGCAAGGGCAUUGUCUCUCUACGAUUUCGCCCGCAACUGUGGGAUACGGACAGGAGAUCGGGGAUGUGCCAACUUAUCCCAUAAAUGAAUUCGGGUCGGCUUCGAACGAUAAGUUAAUAACAACCGAAGGCUGCUUCUCGUGCAAAGUGAACGGACGGCACAGACGCAACUCGAGGCACUACCGACUAAAUCUGGGCCAUACAAAUGACACUCUGAGUCAGAUAUUUAGGCGGUCGAGGAGGUUUAGGAGACACCACCAUGGCGAGGAUUUGGAGCUGAAAAUUAGUCUAGCUCAGACCAAGCACAGGUUACGCAUAAUUAAAAUGCAGCCAUCUGUGAAGCGUGAAAUGGAGUACAUGAUAGUCAAAGGUAAUGAGAACGGUAAAUUUGAAUUGAUUAAAAAGCACGGAGUGUGGGCGUUGCACUUUAAACGAAGACUUAAACAUCCAGGGGCCUUUGAUUUGUUGAUACAUGGAAGGCCGGUCAAAAGCGACAAUGUUGAUGAUCACAACUACGAAAAACCACUCACACUUCGAGUUAGACUAGUUGUUACGGAAUGAAGUUUUCUCAGUUGGCAGUUAGGUAAAAUUGUAAAAUUUUUAUUAUAUUAUCGACACAUUUCAUUGUGAUAGCGAACAUUGCCCGAUUUCAAAUCACACUGCCAAAUUACAUGUGUUCUAUUUUGUGUAAUUAGCUGCCUUUCUUUGAUAUUGAUUCUAAUGUGUUCAUUUCUACGGUGAAACCUUUUGCAACAUAUACACUUUUUAUAACUAGCUCUAAGCAUAUGAAUAAACAGUAAAGUAUUAUUACAGAAUUAUACGAAUAGUACAUAUUUAUGUGUAUAGAUAAGUAUUUAAUUAGUUACCUAAAAUUAUUAUUUUACAUUGAGAUCUUUGUAAUAUAUUUGCUUUUUCAGUAAUAAAAUAUCUUGCGUAACAA